GAAAAAAUUAAUAAAUUAAAGAGAGAAAAGAAACAGAGUGUGGGAUAUAGAGAGAAAGUUAAGAGGAAAAGAGAGCGAUACCUGUCGAUCAAGGACUGUUUGAUUUGUUUGAUCGGAGAAUAGAGAGUUAGUGGCCGGAAUAUUCGGCGGCGUAAUUGUAAUUUCCUGCGAUCUCGGUGCCGGAAUCGGUCUGAUCUCUAAGAGGCUGACUCAUUCGUUUUUUUGUUUGGGAGAGCAGAGAAGAUGGUGAAUUCUAUGGUGGAGAGAGCCACGAGCGACAUGUUGAUCGGGCCUGAUUGGGCCAUGAACAUCGAGAUCUGUGACAUGCUUAAUCACGACCCCGGGCAAGCAAGGGAUAUUGUUAAAGGCAUAAAGAAACGCAUUGGAAGUAAGAAUUCAAAAGUUCAACUUCUUGCCCUAACUUUGUUGGAGACCAUCAUAAAGAAUUGUGGGGACAUUGUCCAUAUGCAUGUGGCAGAGAAAGAUGUUCUUCAUGAGAUGGUUAAAAUAGUCAAGAAAAAGCCCGACUUUCAUGUCAAAGAGAAGAUACUGAUUCUAAUAGAUACUUGGCAAGAAGCUUUUGGAGGACCGAGGGCAAGAUAUCCACAAUAUUUUGCAGCAUACCAGGAGUUGUUGCGUGCUGGGGCAGUAUUUCCUCAGAGAUCUGAGAGGACUGCACCUGUCUUCACUCCACCUCAAACUCAACCUCUAUCUUCUUAUCCUCAAAAUAUUCGAAAUGCUGAUAAUCACCAAGAGGCAGCUGAGUCUUCUGCAGAUUCAGAGUUCCCAACUUUGAGCUUGUCAGAAAUUCAGAAUGCACGUGGCAUUAUGGAUGUCCUUUCAGAAAUGCUAAAUGCAUUAGAUCCAAGCAACAAAGAGGGCCUUAGGCAGGAGGUUAUUGUUGACUUGGUGGAACAGUGCCGGACAUACAAGCAAAGAGUGGUACAUCUUGUUAAUUCAACUGCAGAUGAAUCACUGCUAUGUCAAGGCUUAGCACUGAAUGAUGACUUGCAGCGUGUACUAGCCAAGCAUGAAUCAAUUGCUACAGGGAAAUCUGCUCCAACGGAGAAGCCCAAGCCUGAAUCUAGUGGAGCACUAGUAGAUGUAGAUGGUCCUGUAGUUGACACCAAAGAUGCUACUAAACAGCCAGAUGGGAGGUCGACCUCAAGUAGUGGUGCUGGGGCUCAACCACUGAAUCAGUUAUUGCUUCCUGCCCCUCCUGCUGCUAAUGGUCCAACUACUUCAACGCCAGUCAAUCCCAAAAUGGACCUUCUGAGCGGCGAUGACUAUAGCUCUCCAAAGGCAGACAAUUCAUUGGCUCUUGUUCCUGUGGGACAGCCGCAAUCAAACAGUCCUGUAUCUUCUCAGCAGACUGCCCUUGCUCUCUUUGAUAUGUUUUCGGAUGGCACCAACGCUCCAAAUUCUGUCAAUACUCAGUUUCCCAAUGUGGCUGGACAACCAAAUCCUUUGGUCCAACAAGCCAAUCCUUUGACCCCACAACAAAAUCUUUCAGCACCACAAUUCCAACAGCAGAAUUUUCAAACUCCAGAAGCUGGGUUUUACCAAAAUGGAAGUGUCCCAAACAUGGGAUCACCUCGGUAUGAGCAAUCACUUUAUACACAAGGCACUGGUCCUGCGUGGAAUGGUCAGCUUCCCCAGCAGCAGCCACACUCGCCAUCAUAUGGUUUGCAAAGCAGUGGGUCACUGCCACUACCUCCCUGGGAAGCUCAGGCAGCAGACACUAGCCCGGCAGCUGGUUCUCAAUAUCCUCAGCAAAUGCAAGUUACUCAGGUGGCUGUCACACAGUUUCAGCCUGUGCAGAGUGGCCAAUAUCCUCAAGGACAUCCCUCAGGUAAUGAGCAGGUAGUUGGUAUGUAUAUUCAGCCUGUCACAAGUGGUCAUUUGUUGGCAACCAAUAAUCAGGCCAUUCAAAGCAAUCACUUAGUGGGGUUAAAUCCUCAAUCUGUCCAUGGAGGGCAGUAUAUGGGCAUGCUUCCACAGCAAAUGCAAGCCAACCAAAUGGCUUCUAUGUAUCCGCAACAAAUGUACGGCAACCAAAUGGCAGGAUAUGGCUACGGUCAGCAGCAACUGACACCGUAUCUUCAGCAGCAAAUGUAUGGGCUAUCUGUUAGAGAUGACAGUGGGUUGAGAGCGUCUUCCUAUCAAGUUUCCAAUUCCUCUUACUUGCCGCCCAUGAAGAAGACCUCGAAACCAGAGGAUAAGUUAUUUGGAGACCUGGUUGACAUGGCUAAAUUAAAGCCAACAAAGCCCACUUCUGGAAGAGCUGGUAGCAUGUGAAACCUUGACUGGUUUAGCAUUUUAUUUCCUAAUUUUACAUUUUGUUUGCUAACUUGCUUCUUUUAUUUCUUUUUUAAAUUUUCAAUAUAUAUAUAUAUAUAUUCUUCUA